AUGAUCCAUCCAUUACGUGGGAGUUCCAUUGACAUUUAUCCAAAUGCUCGAUGGCAACAAAAUGGUAUCACUGUGGCUGGAGGAAGUGGACGAGGCAAUGGAAUCAAUCAACUCUCAGGCGCACACGGUUUGUAUGUUGAUGCUGAUCAAACAAUCUAUGUUGCUGAUGCAUGGAAUCAUCGUAUUGUGGAAUGGAAACGUGAUGCAACAAGUGGUCAAAUGGUUGCCGGUGGAAAUGGACAAGGAAGUGGAGAUCAUCAAUUGUCUUACCCAAGAGAUGUGAUUAUCGACAAAGAGAGAGAUAGUCUCAUCAUAUGCGAUUGUUUGAAUAGAAGAGUGGUUCGAUGGCCUCGUCGAAAUGGGACAAGUGGAGAAACAAUCAUCUCCAACAUCUAUUGUUUGGGUUUGACAAUGGACGAGAAUGGAUCUCUCUAUGUCACUGACUAUGAAAAAAAUGAAGUGAGACGAUAUCGAAGAGGAGAAUCUCAAGGAACAGUGGUUGCAGGUGGCAAUGGAAGUGGAAAUCGUCUCGAUCAACUCUAUACCCCAACAUACGUAUUCAUCGAUCGAAAUCAUUCAGUGUACGUAUCUGAUAGGGACAAUCAUCGUGUGAUGAAAUGGAUGGAAGGUGCAAAACAAGGCAUUGUCGUGGCUGGUGGUCAAGGAGAAGGAAAUGAUCUUACACAAUUGUUAUAUCCUCAAGGAGUCGUUGUCGAUCAAUUAGGCACUGUCUAUGUGGCUGAUCCAGGGAAUGAUCGAAUCAUGCGUUGGCCUCAAGGAGCCACACAAGGAAGUGUCAUUGUUGGUGGAAACGAUCAUGAUGAAAUCUAUCAGAUUCGAUCGACUCCAAAAGAUGCUGAAGUUGGAACGCAUGCAAGUGUAGACCUCUAG